UGGCUCAGAUUCAGUUGCCUGCGGACAUGGAUGACAGCUACUUCUCGAUACAGCGGCGUGCCCUGGAAAUCGUCGGGUUCGACCCCAGCACACAGCGCCUGCACAUGAGACGGCCCCUGUGGGCUGGGCUCCUCAUCCUGUCCCUGGUCUCGCACAACUGGCCGAUGAUCGUCUAUGGCCUGCAGGAUCUCAGCGAUCUUACCCGGCUCACCGACAACCUGGCCGUCUUCAUGCAGGGAUCCCUCUGCACCCUCAAGUUCCUGGCCUUCAUCGUGAAGCGGCGCCGCAUCGGCGCCUUGGUGCAUCGCCUGCACGGGCUCAACCAGGAGGCUUGUGCCAGCCCCCUGCAGCGGGAGAAGAUCCUCCGGGAGAACCGAUUGGACAUGUAUGUAUCGAGAGCGUUCAGGAAUGCCGCUUACGCGGUGACUGUUGCCUCUAUGAUAGCCCCCAUGCUGAACGGCCUGACUGCCUACCUAACCGAGGGCGUCUUCCGGCCGACCACGCCCAUGGAGUUCAACUUCUGGCUGGACGAGCGGCAGGCCCGCUUCUAUUGGCCCAUCUACGCGUGGGGCGUGCUGGGCGUGGCAGCCGCCGUGUGGCUGGCCAUAGUAGCCGAUACGCUCUUCUCCUGGCUGGUGCACAACGUGGUGGCGCAGUUCCAGCUGCUGAAGCUGCUCCUGGCAGACAAGGAACGGCAGCAGGCGGCGGACAGUGACAGCCACCUGGCCGAGUGUAUUCGACGCCACCGCCUGGCCCUGGAACUGGCCCGAGAGCUGAGCGCCAUCUUCGCGGAGAUCGUGUUCGUGCAGUACAUGCUCAGCUACCUGCAGCUCUGCAUGCUGGCGUUCCGCUUCACCCGCAGCGGCUGGAGCUCCCAGGUGCCCUUCCGCGCUGCCUUCCUGGUGACGGUGUUCAUCCAGCUGAGCUCCUAUUGCUACGGCGGGGAGUACCUCAAGCAGCAGAGCUCCGGCGUGGCCCUGGCCGUCUACUCCGGCUGCGACUGGUCGCAGAUGCCCCCGGCCAGGCGUCGCCUCUGGCAGAUGAUGAUCAUGCGGGCCCAAAGGCCAGCCAAAGUGUUUGGCUACAUGUUCGAUGUGGAUCUGCCGCUGCUCCUCUGGGUAACAAGGACGACGGGCUCGUUUCUGGCCCUGCUGCGGACAUUCGAGCGAUAAAGGGAUGCGGCUGCACUCUCCAUUUAGUCUCAAAAGCACUCAAAAUAAGACACUAAUUUGCUGCCAUUUGAAAGUUUUUUGGCAAAUCCUCACACCGAAACGACCGACCGUUACACCUGCCACUUGCCAUAUACUGAGGCUGCCACGAGCAGGGGAAAUUGAAAUUCAUGAGCGAAUUCCAUACGAGCAACACACAAAACGUGCCCAUGCAUGUGUUCGGAGCCCCGUAGCUGAAGCCGGAAUUUGUUAACUGGAAAUAUGCAACAGCAGCAAGAGCAGCAGCAACAAUAUCACUGGCAACAUUCAGAAGAAGAACAAGUUGUUGAAAAAUAGCUGCCUGAACUAUGUGCACCAUUCCCAGCCAUUAGCCCCGGAGUCCUUUGGCUCAGAAAGGGAUGUGAUACAGGCUACGGCUCCAGCUCCAGCCCCAGCUAUAGCUUCUGCUCUGAAUCCUGCUCAGGUGCUGUUAGUCUCUUGGAAUGCGACCCCCCAGCCUUCCACCGUUCUUCAGCCUGUGGAAUGUUCAGUUUGGAACUGCCGAGAUUCGGCUACAGUUGGAGUUCAAGUUGGCAGCCAGGAAUUUCUUUUAUUACAUUUUGCAACUCGAAAAUUUCCACAUGCAACAAAAGUCCGAGAAGACGACAAAUUGUAUGCGGUCGGAGGUGGAUGGCUCCUUAGCUUCUAUAACAAAU